AUGGCCGGCCAUGGCAUCAAAACCCCUUUUGCUCUUCUCGUGCUCGAAGGGAAACGAUCCCUGGAACGCAUACUUCUUAUCACUGACGAGACCAGCCACCGUCGGUCACUGGCUAAGACGUUAUUGUUCAUUCCCAUUGGAGUUGCUUCGCUAAUUGCUUCGCAUGAUGCUGUUGAGAUUAUUGAUAGGUAUGACUCUCAUUGCAUACCACCAAAUGUGAUAGACAAGGUGGCAUACAUUCAGACUCCUGGUGAAAAGCCCUGCAAUAGGACGCUACGUGUGGACAAGCGUAUGAAGUCUCCUAUCUAUGUUUACUACCAGCUUGACAACUUUUACCAGAAUCAUAGGCGGAAUGUUAAAAGCCAAAAUGAUUAUCAGCUGAGGGAUUCCAAAAAUGCUAACUCAAGAAGUGGUUGUGACCCUGAAGAUUCAGUAAAUGGAAUGGCAAUCGUACCCGCAGAAAUUAGCUUUUGA